GUAACCAUAGCAACUGAUUGUUCUCUGUGUCACUACUCUGGUGGUGGCAGCACUUUCCACUAGCAGGAGAGACAGUCCCCAACUUUCGUAUGACCAGGUCGGUUGGACUCUUGUGUCUUACCGAGUGACAAGUUUAACUUUUAUAACUGUGACAGCUAAUUAAAUUUGACUCCAUGUCGGUAUAAAAUCAGAGCCUUUGAAUGGAGAAGACGGAUUCGAAAGCCCACAUUUGGUCGCUGUUAAGAGAUAGUUUGUAUUUAAUCUUCAUUUACGCGACUUUAUUUAUUAACAAGUGUGUACUGACCUCAGACAUUUCACGAGCCCUUGAGGGGGUUCGUGUGUAUAAUGUUGGCGUUCUUAUGGCGUCGAGCCUCGAUUCCCCAUUUGACCUGGAACGGGCUGGACCUGCCGUGGACAUGGCUCUGGAGUUGGUAAACAAGGAGUUUCUCAGCCAGCACAACAUUCGACUGCACAAGCAACAAGCCAGUUACCCGUCGUGCUCCGGGGACAUAGCUCCUGGUCUGGCUGCCGACAUGCACUUCAAAGCCAAUGUCAUCGCUUUCAUAGGACCAGCGUGCGCCUUUGCACUGGAGCCAGUGGCUCGCCUCGCUGCCUACUGGAACAGACCGAUCAUCACUGGCAUGGGAGACCAGCCCCCAUCCGAAACGGAGCUGUCGGUAUCAUCUGGAAUUCUGGGCCGCCUUCACAAAUGGAAGAACGACACUUCGGGGAUAUUCAAGGACAAGACGCAGUACGCCACCUUGACCCGAAUGUCUUACUGCCAGUGUCGCCUGCGUUUAGUGUUUAGCAGCAUCUUCAAGCAGUUCAACUGGAGACACGUUGGGCUUAUUGUGGAUCGCUCUGACCUCUUCUCGCUCACAGUAGGGAAGAACCUGGAGCAUGGCCUCAGGAAGCAGGGAUUGCUGCGGUUUGUUCGGGAGCUAGACGGCAAUGAUGAGGAGCAGUAUGACCACUACCUUAAGGACGCCAGUAUGUACGCCAGAGUCUUGAUCCUGAGUGUCCGUGGUGUUCUUGUGCGGAAGUUUAUGCUGGCAGCAUACGGUCUUGGGAUGACUCGUGGUGACUGGACCUUCCUGGAUGUAGAAAUAUUCCAGGGUCCUUAUUGGAGUGAUCAUGACUGGCAAGUGAGGGAUUCUCAGGAUAACAUGGCCAAGAAGGCAUAUGAAGCACUUCUGCGUGUAUCACUAUUAACACCUACAAGUCCCAAGUUCCAGGAAUUUGCUGACAGUGUACGCCGCCUAGCACAACAAGAUUACAAUUACACGUUCUCUGAGGGGGAAGAGGUAAAUUUCUUUGUUGGUGCUUUUUAUGAUGGUGUGUACCUACUUGGUAUGGCUUUGAAUGAAACACUGUCGGAAGGAGAAGAUAUCCACAAUGGAACUGCCAUCACUCGACGCAUGUGGAAUCGUGACUUUCAUGGGGUAACAGGCCAUGUCAGGAUUGAUGACAGUGGGGACCGGGAUGCUGACUACUCAGUGCUAGACCUUGAUCCCAUCACAGGACGCUUUGAGGUGGUGGCACACUACUAUGGGCUGUCUCGCAACUAUACACCCGUCAAGGGCAAAACAAUCCACUGGCCUGGCAGCAGGGAGGGUCCACCACCUGAUAUCCCACCUUGUGGUUUCAUGGGUAAUGACCCCGAAUGCCACAGCAAUGAAGCAUACGUAAUGAUCUUGUAUGCAUCCUUUGCAUUUGGAAUAUUCCUGUCUUUCGCUAUAACCGUGACAUGCAUAGCAUACAAACGAAUGCAGGUUACAGCUGAUCUCAAUAACAUGUCAUGGCGUGUGCGACCAGAAGAAGUUCUGCUGGAAGUUGGAAAACCGUUUUCAUCUCGAUUAGGACUCCAGAAGACUGAGCAGAUGUUCGAGACUGGUCUUGAGAAGCUGCACCGGGGUCGAGGCUCUGUGACAUCUUGCAGCUCCCUUCCACCUACCCGGGUUUUCACCACUGUAGGAAUUUACAAGGGAACCAGGGUUGCAAUUAAGAAGGUAACAAUAAAAAAGAAGCUGGAUAUUAACAAUCAACUACUGUGGGAGAUAAAACAGGUUCGUGAUGUGACACAUGAGAACACCGUUCGCUUUGUGGGAGCAUGCAUAGACAGCCCAGUGGUCCUGUGUCUCACAGAGUAUUGCCCAAAAGGGAGCCUUAAAGAUGUAUUGGAAAAUGAAGAGUUGCAACUGGACUGGAACUUUCGUAUGUCACUUAUACAUGAUGUUGUCAAGGGUAUGGCAUACCUCCACGGCUCUGAGGUCACAGUCCAUGGCAAGCUUCGCUCAUGCAACUGUCUUAUUGAUGGCCGAUUUGUACUAAAGAUUUCGGAUUUUGGUCUAAAGACUCUCACCACUCCAGCUGAAAUCAUCAGGGACCAAAUGUAUUACACAAAGCUUCUGUGGGUAGCUCCAGAGCUCAUUCCAUCUACAGUUGUGCCUGGGACACCAGCCACACAAAAGGGGGAUGUGUAUAGUUUUGCAAUCAUUCUGGAAGAAAUUGUGGUGAGAGGAGGGCCCUUUGAAGCUGCCAGACAGUUUCUGGAACCUCAGGGUGAGCAGCCGGGGAUCAUUGUCCGUGUGGCUGCCCGGGAGACCCCGUCAUUCCGUCCUGUGGUGGGAAACCGUGACUGCCCAGAGGAGCUGACAGAAUUGAUGGAGCGAUGUUGGUCUGACAAUCCUGAUGAGAGGCCAACAUUUGAGAUGAUCAGAAGCAUAAUAAGGUGUAUCAGAAAGUGAGUUUACAGCUUGCAUCCAUCUUGUUAUUUCAUACAAAUUCACAGAGUGGUUUUGCACACUUGUACUAUGUAUGGCUUUUAUUUGGAUGGAAACUGGUUCCUUCCAUGACAGAAGACUGACUACUGUAAUUGAGGUUGUACAUGGGUUUCAACAGUCCUUCUCUCAAGAUGCUGUGAUACUAUGGUCUUGAGUUUCAACUUCUGGCAUUUGCAGCCACUAGAUAUAAUAAAGACGUUAUAUUGAUUUAAAUAAAUUACAAUUGUUUUAUUUUUUAUCCUUCCCAAUUCAUAGUUCACAAUUAUUGUAAUACACCUUAAUCAAAGAUAUCUGUCUCUUGGGUUGUUGUGUUAUGUAGUCAAUAGAAGUUUACCAGUGUUUCAGAGGUGCUUGCAGCCAUCAUCAUCAGGGCAAUGUGUAAUCCACAUGCAAGAAAUUUUUUUUAGAUAUGGGAAUCAGUGAGAGAAGGUAGAACCUUAGUUGGAUCAGUGGGGAAGAAGGUUAGGAUCAGGCAAGGGCAAUGAAUCCAGCUGGAGUCCUUGCGUCCAUCUGAUCCUCAAUUAUUCAGCUAUGAAGAAAUUUUGUGCUGUUUAAUGAACCUGAAUUUCAGUGCUAUAUUUACUGAACUGUAUCGUGAGCCAGAUGAAUAUAGCCUUAAUGAAGCUUAAUAUGAAUAUUAUGCCAGUGGAGGUCAUCCCAGCUGUGUACUUUUUGAUUUCCUACAUGUAUAACAACAUGGUGUAUGUAUGCGUGACACUAGCACAACUUAAUCUAGGGUCUGAAAGUGGCAUGUUGUAACACAUUCAGAAAGGAAUCACGUCUUUUAACAUACUCAAGUUUAGGAUGUACAGCAAUAAUAUGGAAGUAAUUUAGCAUUAAUAUUGGCAUUGAUAAUUAAUAAACCAUUGGAGGUAGGAAUUUUUAAGUUGUUAAUAAUGUUACUAAACUUGUUAUUUGAUCUGAUCAUUAUUUAAUGUCUAUGAUCUGAGUAACUAACAUUCUGGUAGGAGAAUCGAGUGGUUCAAACAGCUGGUACCAAACAAAGGCUUCCAUUGAACAUGCUCCUAAACCACUUCCAUCCACCUCUCAUCCACAGUAGUUGUUCCAAAAGGCCUGUCUAGUUCUGAUUCCUUUGUAUAAUACUAAAGAGAUUAAGGUUAGACUUCGUUAUGCUUGUGCCCAAUCCUCAAGGCAGAGAUCCAUGCCUUGUAGCUGUCUAGAACUGCUUAUUUAGUAUACUUGCAGUUGUGUACCACUAUUGCCUUUUUUUAGAUAUAAUAAGCUCUCUUUAAUAAAACUUGU